UUCAAGUUUUACGGUUCUUACCAAAAAUCUGAAGAUGAGGACAUUGCCGGAUAAACCAGAAGAAACAAUUGUGAAGCAGAAACCGAAUAUAUCUGUUCCAUCAACUGCUGCAAACAAUAAGGAUAAAAUCGGACCGCCACAGCGAAGUUUGUUUUUGAAUUAUUUGAGUGGCCAUAAAGAACCAAUUACGGCCAUAUGUUUCUCAUCUGACGGUCUAAAGUUGGCUACAGGUUGUGCUGAUGGGGUUGUCAGGAUAUUCAAAUUGGACAAUAUACUAUGUCGAAGCUUCAAAUUCAAGGGGAUUUCCUUACCGACUGGAGGAGUUCCAACAGCAGUUGCCUUCUCUGAUGGAGCAUCAUCUGUGGUUGCUGCGGCUCAACAUGGUUAUGGUUCUUGUUUAUACAUAUAUGAUGAUGGAAAUCCGGCUAAUCAGAAAAAGCAUCCGUUUUGCAAACCUCCCUUUCCAGAAUUUAAAUGGUUACAAACUGAAGUCGAUGAGACAAAGGCUUUUGUGACUCUUGCCGGAACCACUGCCAGGUAUGACACUACUGGUGGAAGUCCAUUUAUUGUUUCGUGUUCAAAAAGUAGUGAUAUUAGCCUUUGGCAUGGAAAGACUGGGAGGAUAUUGGGGAAUACUGGCGUGAACCAGCUCAAGAACAAUAUGGCAGCAAUAUCCCCCAAUGGGCGGUUUAUUGCAGCUGCAACUUGCUCUACUGAUGUGAAGGUGUGGGAGAUUGUAUACACCGAGGCUGGUUCAGUGAAGGAGAUUACAGGAGCUAUGCAACUGAAGGGUCAUACUAGUGAAGUAACUUGGUUAUGCUUUUCGCCGAAUUCAGAACGCAUCAUAACAGCGUCUAAGGAUGGUACCGUAAGAAUUUGGAAUAUUAACGUUCGGUAUGAUUUUUUUGAAGACCCGAAGAUUCUAAAGGUGUUCCCAGUACCGCUUCGUGACUCAAAGGGGGUCACUUUGCAUUAUGAGCAUCUCGAUAUUUCACCUGAUGGGAAAAUAUUGGCUGCCACCCAUUGUUCGACACUACAAUGGCUAUGUGCUGAAAGUGGAAAAGUUUUGGGGACCGAAGAUUGUGCAGAUUAAAAAAGCACAGGUUACAUAACAGCUAUUGCUUGGGCACCAAAGAAGAUUUCUGUUGACAGUGAGCUCAAGAUGGUUUUAGCCAUAAUUAGUGCCGAUGACACGAAGGUGAAGUUUUGGGUGGCUCCUGACAUUAACUUAUCAUAAAGACAUAGCAUUUCCGUUACAAUAUAACCGGGUUCUAGUACAAUUCUAGAUUGCUUGACCUGUUGACAGAAGUUUAAGUAGUUGAACAUACAACAGUCUAAAUUUUUAGAUGUAAUAAUUUACUAAUUUCA